CAAAAUUAUGAGUAAUUUCAGACAAUACAUCGUCAAAAGACCAAAUGCGGUUUGACAAAGAGUCCUUCUCUUUCUUUUGCUUCUCUUUGAUUCCUUUAUACCUUCCUAAAGGUUUAUUUGACACUCACACAACACAAGAUCACAAAGCUUUUUCAAUUCUCUUCCUACCAAAAAGAAAAGACUAAACACCAAGAUUUUCAGAUAUUGCAUCAAAUCUUGUUAGCCUUCAAGCCAACCUCACUCUUAUGGAGACUCAUCAGCACCAAAUUGAAGCAGCACCAGCACAGUUAUCAUGGCAACAAGAAAAUAGAGAAGAAGAAGAAGAAGAAGAAGCUUCAUCAUCACCACAAUCUUCAACUCCCUCUUCCCCUUCUCAAGAAUUCUCCUUCACAAUCUCCCUCCACCACACAUUCCCCCAAGAUAAUAACUCCAAAGCUCAACCAUCUUCCAUUGCACUUGAUUUAUCUCCUGCUGAUGACAUUUUCUUCCAUGGUCACUUGCUCCCUCUGCACCUCCUUUCACACCUCCCUUCUUCACCUCGCUCUUCAACCAAUUCCAUGGAAAGCUUCACCCUCCCCAUCACAGGCUUAUUAGAACACCAAAACCACCCCAUCAUUAAGGAUAGCAGCAGCAGCAGCAGCAACAGCACCACCUUAGACAGCACCAGCAACAACAACAACAUGGGAAAAAACAAGGUACAAGGUAAGUCCAAGUUUACAUUUUCAUUGUUUGGAUUAGCCAAGGGCCACAAAGGGUGCCGAGAUAGCAAGGAAGAUAAAGUGAAGCAGAAGAAGAAGGUGAGGUUUGAUGUGAUCCAUGCAAUCAAAAAGUACUUGAGAAUGGUUCAGCCGAAGAUGCUUUUCAAAGGAGAAAGAGAGAAGAAGAUUAGACCCAGUUGUGGACAGAGUUAUUCUUAUUCAGGAAAUGUAACUCCAAGAAAUUAUAAGCAGAGCUGGAGAGAACAAUAUUCAGCACCAGCAUCAAUGAGAACUUCUCCAACAAACAGUGGUCUCUUGAUUGCAACAACCACACCUCUCCCUUCUUCUGCUAGAGACAGUACCAUGGAAGAGUUGCAAGCAGCCAUUCAAGCCGCAAUUGCUCACUGCAAAAAUUCAAUUUCAAAAGAAGAGAAACUCAAAUGCUGAAUCUUUUUGCUGUUAAACACAUCUCAGACACAGACACUUCUCUCAAUGAACCACCACGACUCAUAAUUAACACGGUGAAAGUGAAAGACUAGUACACUCAAAUUACCUCGGUUAUUGAUACCAGAGAAUUUUUCUUAUUUUUCUUACUUUUCUUUCCCUAGAGUGUUAUUUUCUAGCAUUGAUUUUGUAUGUGAAGUUUAAAUGAGCGUGUACAUAAAAAAGUGUACCAUAAUAAUGCGAUGGGGAAAAAACCAGUAUCUCAAAUUAUUUGAUUAUAAGUUGUAGAAUGCAGAUGAAGUUGUAUUAUAUAUGUAUGGAUUCUUGGAAGGUUCA